UUGUAGUGUUUCAAAAUGGCGGCUCUCAUGUGUAGAGUUGGAUCAGUCGGUCGUGCUGUAACCAGAAUUAGCCUACGUUCUGUAGUUGCUAUUCCUUCAAAUGCAAGAUCAUUUGCAACUCAGGAUACUGUGACGCACACUGGGCAGGUUUGGGAUGAGAAAGAUUAUAGGAAUGCACGAUUCACUGAUAGGAACAAAGAGGUGAAUAUGAAUUUUAGUAUCAACCUUGUUGCUGAAGAGCCUCCAAUUGAAGUGAAAGGGAGGAGUGUCCAUUGUGAUGGAGGUGGAGGUGCCCUUGGACACCCAAAAGUAUAUAUCAACCUGGAUCCGGAAGGUCCCCAUUCAUGUGGUUACUGUGGACUGAGAUAUAUCAAGGCAAAAGAUACACAUUAACACAGAACCAGUAUCUUGUACAUAAUGAAUGACUUUAUGUGGCUCAAUUGAAUUUAUUAAAUAUGUUUUACUUUAAGAAUAAAUUGGAAAAUUUAUUCA